CAUUGGCGGUUACUUCUCACAUUAUCACGUUGUUGAUUUUUAUUGGGUGUAAAGGCUGUUACCAGAUUCCAGGAUGGACUUGGGUACAGAUGGGUUCGGAGAUCUGCUCCAUCAGGCGGAGCAGUUGACCGCUGAGAUGGACAGCGGUACUGAUCUGCCGAGAGUGGAGAGAAACUUACAGCAAAUCCUGGAGACUGGCCAGAGACUGUGGACAAGAACGGCGCAGAUAAGCCAAGAUGCCACAGAUGUCAAGGCCUCGAUUUUGCUUGGUUCCAAAGGCUUUGAUGUGCCCAGAAUUUCACAGAAGUUAGAAGGUCUCAGUGCAGCCAAGACGUUUGAACCUUUAGAACCAAUACUUGAUACAGACGUACAGGGUUUUUUGAGGAAUGAACGUGAAAACACAGUUCUUGCUGUUAUUGAGCAGACCAGAAACAGGACAUUUGAAGAGGCAGAGAAACGCCACUGGGAAUGCGCAGAAAACGAAUGGGAGCGAGAAAAACAGAAAAUCCUGAAUGCUCUGAUAGGAGCAGGUCAGGAAUUGGACUUACAACCAGAAUCUGAGAGUAUUCUAGGAGAGAGCAUUAGCAUGCAUGGCCGCAGUGCAUUGGACAAUGUGGAGAUGGCCUACGCCAGACAAGUUUUUGCCUACAAUGACCAAAUAAUCAAAGGUGGACUUCGGCCAAAUUUGGUGGAAAUGUUUUCUGAAGUGGCCCAAAUUAUUGAUGACAAGAAUAUCAUUGAAUUGUGGGAAAUGGUGCGUUUUAUGGUGGAUGUUCCCGUGGCAAGUGGCACUAGCAUUCAGAACACGAGAACUUCCAGAAAAACUCAGCAAGGAUUUGUCAGACAGGCCCGAAAGUAUUUGGAGCAAAACUAUGUGAAAUACAUCACCACGACCAUAUAUGGCAACCUGCAACAAGCACAGCUGGGCGGGAUUCCAGGCACCUAUCACUUGGUGCGCAGCUUUCUGAAUGUGAAGCAGAUGAACCUGAGGGGUCUUGAGGAUGGUACAGUUGAAGGACAUCCUGUGUGGGCCAUGCUGUAUUACUGCUUACGCUGUGGAGACCUUAAAGCCGCUCAACAGGUUGUUGACAAAGCCCCACACAAUCUUGGAGAACACUUCCCGAAUUUUCUUCAAGAAUAUAGCAGCUAUGAAGGACAUAGAUUGAGCCCUAGUAAUGAAACAAUGAUCAGGUUACAGUACAGAAGAGCGAUCAAAAACAGCAGUGAUCCUUACAAAAGGGCUGUGUACUGCGUGAUUGGACAGUGUGACUUCAGCGAGGACCACACAGAAGUCGCUGACAAGAUUGACGACUACCUAUGGGUGAAACUUUGCCACAUCCAUCCAGAGACGAAUGACAUGGGGUCAGAGACCUUCACCUUACAGCGACUACAGUCUAUACUUUAUGAGGACUACGGUGAGAGCCAUUUCAAUGCGUACCACCAGCCCCACCUGUACUUCCAGGUGCUCUGGUUAACAGCUCAGUUUGAGGCUGCCUUGGAGUUCCUGUCCCGCAUUGAGAAGCUCCGCUCCCACGCUGUCCAUGUGGCCCUAGCCCUGCAUGAGCUCCACAUCCUCCACACCCCCCACACAAUACAGGCGCAGAUGUUGAGCAAAGACUCUAGUGAUCCCGAUCCCCUCCGACGUUUGAAUAUCGCCCGACUUAUCAUGAUGUACACUCGGAAGUUCGAGGCCACUGACCCUCGGGAAGCCUUACAGUAUUUCUACUUCCUCAGAGGUUUGCGUACCAGUCAAGGGGAGAACCUUUUCAUGUCCUGCAUCAGUGAGCUUGUUCAGGAGACCAGAGAGUUUGACAUGCUCCUUGGCAGGCUGGAGGCAGAUGGUACAAGAAGGCCUGGAGUGAUUGAUAAAUUCCAUGGUGACACCCAGAAAAUAAUAGAAUUGGUUGCCAAGGAUACAGAAGUGAAAGGGCUGUUGGAAGAUUCCAUCAAGUUGUAUGACUUAGCAGGGAAACAUGACAAGGUGUUGGAGUUGUUGAACAAGCUGUUAGGCCAGGUGGUCUCCCAGCCAAGCUCCGCCCAAUCCUCAAGAGACCGAGUGAAGAACCUGGCUGUCAGUGUGGCACAAAGAUACAGAGCUACUGGGCACGAUGGUAACCAAAGCAACAGUGUAACCUUCUAUCUCCUCCUUGACUUAGUGACCUUUUUUGACCUGUACAAUUCGGGAAAUUAUGAUCAAGCAAUCGAGGUGAUGCAGGAACUAAAGCUUCUUCCCCUCACUACAGACCUGGUGGAAGGGAAGGUUAAUGACUUCAAACAUUACACUGUUGAGGUGAGGAAGUGUUUACCUGACAUUCUGCUGGCCACCAUGAAUAUCGUCCUCAAUAAAUACAAGAAUGCCAAAAACACGUCUUUACAGAGUCCAGGGGGCAGACUAUUUGGUGCAGCAGAUGGCGGAAAAGAAACGUACCUAAACUAUCUGAGGAGUCAGGCUCGGGCGUUGAUCAUGUUUACUGGGAUGCUACCGUACCGGAUGCCUGGGGAUACCAAUGCUAGACUGGUACAGAUCGAAGUCCUCAUGAACUGAUGUGUGUGGGAAUUUUCAUCAGGGGAUACCAAUGCUAGACUGGUACAGAUUGAAGUCCUCAUGAACUGAUGUGUGUGGAAUUUUCAUCAGGGGAUACCAAUGCUAGACUGGUACAGAUCGAAGUCCUCAUGAACUGAUGUGUGUGGGAAUUUUCAUCAGGGGAUACCAAUGCUAGACUGGUACAGAUUGAAGUCCUCAUGAGCUGAUGUGUGUGGGAAUUUUCAUCAGGAGAUACCAAUGCUAGACUGGUACAGAUUGAAGUCAUCGUGAA